GUGUGAGAAGGAUGUGCUUGCAUUGCUUAUAGUUUUUCCUGUGUCUGCAAGUCAACAUCUAUCUGUCGGUUUCCAGUUUAUUUCUAUCUUUUCAAUUACAUUCACGCUAUAUUUGACUGCGAAAUUCAAGUUCAACUUAUCAGUUAUUGAACGUCUCGUCGACCGUUCAGAGUUGUCUGUGAAGAGAGUCAUACGCUAUAACAACUCAGGAUCAGCAUGGCUCCAACUUCGAACGUUUGUUUAGUGGCAGGUUUUGUUUUGGCGUUCGUGCUUUCGGAAAUGGUGGUGCAAUCGCAGAUGACCAAAAAACGCUGCAUUAGCCAACCAAACGUGUCCAAAACUGUUGACAAGGUUAUUCACGAGUGCCAGGAGGAGAUUAAAAUGAAUCUAAUUGAAGAUGCCCUUAAAGUGUAUAAAGAGGACUGGCAUGACCGCAAAAAGCGUGACACUAACGACGAGGCCGGUUUUCAACAUCCGACAGUAGUAUCCAACGAAGACAAGUGGAUCGCCGGGUGUCUGAUGCAAUGUGUUUAUCGCAAAAAUAAUGCCAUUGACAGGAAUGGAUGGCCAACGCUCGAUGGGUUGGUAAAUCUUUACACGGAUGGUGUCAACGAGCAAGGAUAUUUUAUGGCUACGCUGAGAGGAGUCGAUCGAUGCCUGAAAGGAACCUCUAUGAAGUACAAUGUUAAACGAAAUGACGUUGCAGAUUCGCUGGAACGAUGUGGAGUUGCGUUUGAUGUAUUCGACUGCAUUUCCGAUAUGAUAACUGAAUAUUGCAGUGAUGAACAAAGGCAUGUGUUUAAUUGAAAGAACUUCGUCAAGUAAUAUCAAUAUGUUGAUUCUCUUUGAAGAAGAUUUUAGGCUUAUUGUAUUUAUGAGCAAAAAUUAUACUGGUAGGAAAAUUAGAAAAAGAAAAUGUUAUUGUUAAAUUGAAGUAGUUAAUAAUUCUGCAUAUU